AUGGUCUUGAUCCACGAGUUCCGCGUGCCGCUGCACAUGACCGUGAGCGAGUUCCAAGUCGCGCAGCUCUUUAUGGUCGUGAACGCGAGCGAGAAGCUCACGGGGGACGGGGAGGGCGUGGAGAUCUUGGCGAACGAGCCGUACGACAACACGGACGGCCAUUUGGGCGUCUCGAGCCUCUCGGGGUGGACCAUUCCACGGAACCAGGGCCAGUACACGCGGAAGCACUACUACUGCCAGUCCAAGAUCCCUGGCUUUGUCUCGGCUCUCUGUCCAGAUGACUCGAUGGUGCUGAUUGAAGAAGCUUGGAACGCGUACCCUCACUGCGUGACGGUUAUUGUCAAUGGGUACUUGUCCAAGCACAAGUUUUACAUCUCGAUCGAGUCCAUGCACAAGGCAGACCGUGGUGACUCGGAGAACGUGCUGGGCUUGACGAAAGCCGAGCUCAGUCACCGAAAAGUCGAGGUGCUGAACAUAGCCGAGAAAAUGCCCAAGCAGACGCUGAAGGAGGACUGUGAUCCGGCUACGUACAAGUCCAUCAAGACUUCACGUGGACCGCUGGCGCGGGGAUGGACGAACGUUGUUGACCCGGUUAUGACGUGCUAUAAAGUCGUGCGCAUCAAUUUUGACUACUGGGGCGUGCAGGGCAAGGCGGAGAAACUCAUUCGUGACCAGCAACGACAGCUAUUUCACAACACGUUGCGCCAGGCGCAGUGCCUGACAGAUGAGUGGUACGGUCUUUCGAUGGAGGACAUUCGACGUCUAGAGGCUGAGGUGGUGGCCAAGCUCGAGGCCAAGCGCUUGACGAACUCGACUAGCCGUUAA